AUGCCCAACGGAUUGCAUCCCAAUUUUCAGAGCCCGUCAUCGACAGGCACUUUUCCCAGCCCCGUACACCAUCAGUGGAGCCCGUCUUCGUCUGCUACGACGUGGCAUUAUUCCUCCCCGAAUCUUGAUGGAGAGCGAGAUACUCCUUCUCCGCGGACAUCAUCUGAAGAGCGAGGGUCCAAGUCAUCAUCACACAGCGGCCGCGACUACCCCGUCUGCUGCCUGUACCCGGGGUGUAAUGCCAAACCCUUCAAGCGGAGAGCGGAUCUGGACCGCCACUACAAACACCGACACGCCUCGGACUCACAAAAGGUCUCGUUCAGCUGCGACUACCCACGAUGCUCUCGCCGCCGCGACCCGUUCCACCGGCUGGACCACUUCCGUGACCAUCUCCGUGAAUUCCACAAAGAAGACAUUGAAAAGCGCGGCGGGUCCGUCAACGAGGAGUGGCUGGAAGGCCGACGAGUGUCGUCAAACUGGUGGCGAUGCUCAAAGUGCCUCAAGAGAAUCCCUAUUGAACAAGACGGCUACGAGUGUCCCAAGUGCAAGACUACGUGUCAGCCAAAGCGAAAGGAGGCCCGUCGCAGAAGCUAA